AUAGUAUGAACAUUGUUUUUUUUUUUUACCAAACGGAAGGUUUAUUCUUUUCAAGCCUUGACGACGUAGCAGGAGAAACCGAGAAAAAAAACAAUGGAGAACGGAGCAAAAAGAGUAGAAGAAGAAGAAGAAGAACAAGUGGUGAACCCAUGGGAGGUAUCCUCUAAAAACAAGAUCGAUUACGACAAACUGAUCGACCAAUUUGGGUGUCAAAGGCUUGAUCAGUCCUUUGUUGAUCGUGUUUUUCGUCUCACUGGUCGUUCUCCUCAUAUCUUUCUCCGCCGUAACGUUUUCUUCGCUCACAACAGAGACUUGAAUGAGAUUCUGGAUGCUUAUGAACGUGGCGACAAGUUCUAUCUUUACACCGGCAGAGGCCCCUCUUCUGAAGCAUUGCAUUUGGGCCAUCUUAUUCCUUUCAUGUUCACCAAAUAUUUGCAGGAGGCUUUUAAGGUUCCUCUUGUCAUACAACUAACAGAUGAUGAAAAAUGCAUGUGGAAAAACCUUACAGUAGAAGAGAGCAAACGACUUGCUCGUGAGAAUGCCAAAGAUAUUAUUGCUUGUGGAUUUGACGUCUCAAGGACCUUCAUCUUCUCAGAUUUCGAUUACGUUGGCGGUGCCUUUUAUGAGAACAUGGUGAGAGUUGCAAAAUGUGUCACAUACAAUAAGGCUGUUGGUAUAUUUGGUUUCACCGGUGAAGAUCAUAUCGGGAAGAUUAGUUUUCCACCAGUUCAGGCUGUUCCGUCAUUCCCCAGUUCAUUUCCGCACUUGUUUUCUGGCAACGAUAAACUUCGCUGCUUGAUUCCAUGUGCAAUUGAUCAGGAUCCUUAUUUCAGGAUGACACGCGAUGUUGCUCCACGGUUAGGUUAUAAAAAGCCUGCUUUAAUCGAGUCAUCGUUCUUUCCAGCUCUUCAGGGAGUGUCCGGCAAGAUGAAUGCUGGUGAUCCAAAUUCUGCAAUAUAUGUAACCGACUCACCAAAGGAGAUUAAGAACAAGGUAAACAAAUAUGCUUUCUCCGGCGGGCAAGAUUCUGUUGAGAAUCAUAGGAAGUACGGAGCAAAUCUUGAGGUGGAUAUACCUUUCAAAUACCUUAGUUUCUUCUUGGAGUACGACGAGGAACUUGAACAUAUUAGAAAGGAGUAUGGUUCGGGACGCAUGCUUACAGGUGAAGUGAAGAAGAGACUAAUUGAUGUUUUAACAGUAUUGGUGGAAAGACACCGUGCAGCAAGGGCAGCGGUGACUGAUGAGAUGGUCGAUGCGUUCAUGGCAGUUAGACCACUUCCAAAUAUGUUUAACUGAAAGUGCAGGUAGUUAGUCGAAAGUAGUCCAAUGUUAGCGGUCUCUGCCAUCAAGAUUUUGGAGAAUCAUCUCACUUUUGUUCUACAACAAUGAUCUUCAAAACAAGCUGACAAAUUCAAUAUGAUCCGAGUAUUGCUAGUUUUAGAAAACUGGUUUUGUGGAUAUUUGGCUUUGGCAAAAUGGAUUUUAAUAAUCCAAACUUUCACCCAUUGGCCGGCAACGGACCCAACUUCAAAAAUAACCGGUGGUGGUCCCAACUUUUCGUAUAUUGUAAACCAAUGGACUUUUACUAAUAAAAACCUUAAUUUCUUUUUGUCUCCUUAUCCUUUUCGGCAACUUUUUCGUAUAAUGUAAACCAAUGGACUUUUACUAAAACGAAAAGGAUAAGGAGACAAAAAUAAAUUAAGGUUUUUUAUUUAGUAAAAGUCCAUUGGUUUACAAUAUACGAAAAGUUGGGACCACCACGGGUUAAUUUUGAAGUUGGGUCCGUUGCCGGCCAAUGGGUGAAAGUUUGGAUUAUUAAAAUCCAUUAUUCCUUUGGCUUUUAAGGUCUUAAGUUUUUUGUAUCCUUUAUGUAAUUAGAGGCAAGGGUAGUAAAGAAUGGGUCAAACAAGGCCGUCUUUGAAAAUCCUCAAAAAA